AUGAAAAAGGGAUCGUCCGCGCUGAUUCGUCUGUACUAUGUUGGAAAAGUCAUCGGCUUGUGUCCGUACGACCUCGACGAGGCCAACAUGCCAAGAUCUUCUUCCUUCGGCCUGAUGUACGGUGUAAUCCUAUCCGUGGCCUACACCAUCGUGAGCCACGGUAUUAUUUCGGAAAGGUUCAAGCUCGCUUAUCCUCACCAGACUAUCUUGUCGAUAAUUGCGAGCUCGAUCCUUCUGUCCGUGAUAUUCCUCUGCGUAGUCGUAUCCUGGAUGGUGUUUGCUUGUGGCCAAACGCGAUUCCGCAGCCUCAUCGAAAACUUCAACGAUACCAAAGAUUUGAUGGGGGAGCUGGGUAUCCUGGAGGAUGAAAAUAAUCUAAUCAGACGAUUUAUCCGAUAUAUUGUCGUAGUAAACAGUCUUUUCUACGUGAUGCUGACUGGCGAGCAAAUGGCUUUAUAUUUUAAUCCGACUUACGAUGCAACACUGUGGAUAACCUUUGGCGUCGUCCGGCCUACCGCGUUUGUGACAAUAGUGAUUUUCACCAAUUUACUGCUGGUCCUGAGGGAGAGGUUUCUUGCUCUGAAUAAGAGGAUUUUAGUCCUGGAGAGGGUGACUGCCGUUGGGGCAAGAUCUUGGAUCCAUUCUUACCGUGUUAGGAGCGGCAAAGGUGUCGAACGAAUCAGGACCUCCCAGAUGGGGACCAAGUUGAAAAUGGUGGUCAGACUUCACGGGGAGCUCUGCGACCUUACCGAAAGGGUGUGCGAGUUCUUCUCUCCGGUCUUGUUCUUUGUGGCGAUAGAGAGAUUCAUCAACAUCUUGGUAUCCUGUCAUGCAACUUGUUUGUUCUUGAGGCAUACCGACGAUAGGAGGAGAGAAAAUUAUGUCGUGUCGAUCGUAGUAUCGUUGUUCACAAUGGUGGAUGUGAUCAUCUUUGGAUAUUUCGCUACUGUUUGCGAGAUGACUUCCAAUGAGGCAAAAGAAACGGCAAACGUCCUUCACAAAACGUGGAUGUUGCCCCAAUCCGACCAAUCGGUCAAGAUGUUGCUGCAGAGGCGACUGAGAAUCACAAUUUUUGGUUUCUUGGACAUGGGCUUUUCGUUAUUCUGUAAAAUGACCACCACCAUCACGACGUACAUGGUGAUAAUGUUACAACUCGAAGAUUACUAA